AUGGCAGAGACUAAGCGGCCAGUAGGCCUUCUCUUCGACAUUGGUGGAGUUUGCGUUGUUUCUCCAUUCCAGGCAAUCCUAGACUAUGAGAUUGCACAGAACAUCCCACCAGGCUGGGUUAACUUCAGCAUCUCCCGCACAUCCCCCAACGGCAGCUGGCAUAAGCUCGAGCGUGGUCAUAUCCCAAUGGAUGCGGACUUCUUUGCGGGAUUUAACAAUGAUCUGAAGAACCCUGAGCUAUGGAAGCAAUUCCAUGAGCAACUAGCGAAGAAAAAGGGCCAGACCCCCGGCCCCGUCCCCCCACUGCCAAAAGUGGAUGCAGAGUGGCUCUUCUGGGAGAUGAUGAGGGUAUCCCGCAACCCAGACCCAUACAUGUUUCCGGCACUCCAGAAGUUGAAAGCAUCGGGGCAAUAUCUGAUGGGGGCUCUGUCGAACACCGUGAAGUUCCCCGAUGGUCAUGCAUACAACAGCGACGUAUCUGGAGUACGAUCGCAGUUUGAUUUCUUCAUCUCAUCCGCACAUACCGGGCUUCGCAAGCCAGACCCCAAAAUCUACCAGGUGGCUAUCCAAGAAAUGAAGGCUUUGGCUAAGCAGCGCGGACUGCCCGAGGUUCAGCCUUCGGAUAUUGUCUUCUUCGAUGACAUUGGAGAGAACUUGAAGGGUGCCAAGAAGGCUGGUAUGCGUACUGUCAAGGUCACCCUGGGCAGGAUUGAAGAUGCUGUCAAGGAACUCGAGAAGAUCACUGGCCUAUCCUUGCUCGAGAGCGAGGAUAAAGCCCGCCUGUGA